UUUCAUUACUCCUAGUGAUAAAGCUAGGACAUCCUCCGUAAAUAACAUUUUUGUCCUACAAUUGAGCUUGUCCAUCCAGAAAUUCAAAAUGAUCGAUACAAAUUGAUCUCGAUUCGAUCUGUUUCAUGCCCUAGCUUGAAAAUCCAUCAGCUCAGCUCUCACCGACCUCACGAAGCCGUUUGAGAUGGAACUCAAUCAUAGGACGCGAAACCCUAAUUCCACAAAGCAAUCCAGAAUCAUGACGACGGCAGUAAAAAUCUUCGCUGCCGACCCUAUCGUCGCUGAUCGCCGAUGCGACAACGAAUUGUGCUCCUCUCGCAACCAGUGGCCUCUCCACUACGUCGGUCACCGCGCCAAUUUCCGGCACCUCUGCACCUCCUGCGUUCUACGUCACCAUCGUGGAUUCUUCUGCUCGGUCUGCCUCGAGGUCCUCGAUUCACCUCCGCCGCCAUCCGGCGACGCCGCCGUCGCACAUAUCGCUCGCUGCAUCCGCUGCCCAGCCGCCGCCCACUUCUCCUGCCUUCCCGAUGAGUCUGUGUUCAAUUACCUAUGCCCUGUUUGUAAAGAUCCUGAGGGGUUCUCAUAUUUUCCGGUCGGGGACGAUGCGAUCGACGUAGCGGCGGCGAGGGCGCUCCUAUCGGCUUCGCGGAUUGCGGCGGCUUCGAUGAGCAGGGCAGCAGCGGCAGCGAGGUUGGAGGCGGAGAGGAAGAUAAGA